UGUCAGCUAUGUCACCCAGUUCCCACACAUUAUUAUUUUCCUGCAUGACUCUUCAUACCUUGUCUGCGUUUCCCAGGCAGGUCUGCAGGAAAGAUGCUGGUGCUGAACUGUUCCAUGAAGCUGCAGAUGCUGGAGAAAACGUUAAUAUUAAGCUUCCCUGAGUCCCUCAAGGUUUAUGGAGCUCUGAUGAAUAUCAACCGAGGGAAUCCCUUCAGGAAGGAAGUGGUGGUGGACUCGUGGCCAAACUUCAAAGCUGUUAUCACCCGGCCACAGAGGGAGAAUUGCAGGGAUAACCUUGACCAUUACACCAAUGCAUAUGCAGUUUUCUACAAGGAGGUACAGGUUUACAAAGAGCUACUGGAAAACACAAACACCAUAAACUGGGGACAAAUUUUUCAGAUACAAGGGCUCCAGGAAGGAAUAUGUGAAGUAUCCAGAACUGUGGCUUUAUCUAAGCAGGUAGAUGUGAAAACAUCCUCUUUCCAGAUGGUUAUUCAUUCAGACCCAGAUACACUGCCAGAUGUCAGAUUUCGGAUGGACCCUAAAUUAACACUGGCUUACCUGGACAUCUCCCAUGCCAGCCUGCUCAAUGAAACCUGGUCACGGGGAGGCAAUCCAAGGUGCCAGCAGUACCUUGCUAACCUCAUUUGCUGCUUCCCCAGUGUCUGUAUCUUGGAUGACAAAGGACGUCCCCUCUCCUGGAGCCUGACAGACCAGUUUGCCACCAUGAUUCACAGUUAUACUCUUCCAGAGCAUCGGAGGAAGGGUUAUAGCAGGCUUGUGGCUACCACUUUAGCUAAGAAAAUGCAUAGCCGUGGCUUUCCGGCACAGGGCAAUGUCAUGGAGACGAAUAUACCAUCUGUAACAUUGCUGAAAAGCAUGAAUGCCCAGUUUCUUCCCUGCUCAUUUUUCAGAGUGAUUCACACACCUCUUCAUUUUUUAGCCAAACCUCACUUAUAGCUCUGCACUCAUCUCCAUUCUUUGUGCACUAUAGGAAUUAUUUGGUGACAUUUAGCAACUUGAGUUACAUCAGAAUUCAGACAAGAAGAUCCUGUUUUAAGCCUAAAAUCAAACCUGGUAAUUGCUUGUGACUUCUCUGCUGCUGGCAAACUGCUUGUGGCAAAUCCAAAAGACUUAGGAAUGGAUGUAAGGUUAAUAGUUUUGUUGUAAUUCACCUGUACUUGAUAUUUCCUUUGUACUGCCUCUGACUGAAGAAUUAUUCUUUCUGUAUAACCUCUGUAUAACCAUCUUCUGGGAUACCUACAACAGAAUCCUUGGACAUCUCUAACCCUAUCUGUCUUGCUUGGUACCAGACCUCAAGCCUCUCCUUUCCCUUGGAUAGCCUAAAAGAGAUUAGCCUGUGAAUGUAAG